AUGGCAGGCAAGGAGGCCACCGUGUACAUCGUCGACGUCGGGGCGUCGAUGGGCAACAAGCGCUACGGUCGAGACAAGAAGGACCUUGACUGGGCUCUGGAAUAUGUUUGGGACAAGAUCACAGCAACUGUCCAAACGGGCAGAAAGACGGCAAUGGCUGCUCUGGUGGCCUUACGAAGUGACGACACUGAUAAUCCUAUGGACUCGGAAGAAUCUUACCAGAACAUCAAGGUUCUGCAAGGGCUCGGUCAGGUCUUGAUGCCUGAUGUUCGAAGACUACGAAACGAACUUGUCGUGAGCGAUACACACGCCGGUGAUGCCAUUUCUUCCCUGGUAGUCGCUGUUCAGAUGAUCGCGGAGACAUGCAAGAAGCUGAAGUACGAUCGAAAGAUUGUCUUGGUCACCGAUGCUCGCGCAUCGAUGGAAACAGACGAUCUUCCACAGAUCAAGAAGAAGAUCCAGGAAGACGGCAUUGACCUCUUCAUUGUUGGUGUCGACUUUGAUGAUCCCGAGUAUGGCUUCAAGGAGGAAUCCAAAGAUCAGCUCAAGCUCGAUAAUGAAGAGAUCUUUCGUCAAUUUUGCGAAGACUGCAACGGCACGUUCGGUACGCUAGCACAAGCUGUCGAGGCAAUGCAAGUGCCGAGAACAAAGUCGACUAGGCCUGUCCCCAGCUACAAAGGCUUUCUCACUCUUGGUAACCCGGAGCUGUUCGAAGAUGCACUGACAAUAGAUGUGGAGCGCUACCCGAAAACCAUGGUCGCCAAAGCUCCUACAGCCAGCAAGUUCGUGGUGAGGCAUGGAGUUGCAGAAGCAACACAAAGCUCCGCCACUUUGUCCAAUGGCGAUAAUGCCCCAGCCGACGAAGGCGAUGGGCUUGCCAACAUUGUGACCGCCAGAACAUACCAAGUCGACGACGAGAAUGCUCCAGGUGGCAAGAAAGAUGUCAAGCGUGAGGAGCUUUCGAAAGGCUACGAAUAUGGCAGGACAGCUGUGCACAUCUCCGAAAGUGAUCAGAAUGUCACAGCGUUUGAGUCGAAGCAAGGCCUCGAUAUCAUCGGCUUUGUUACCAAGGCACAGUAUCAGCGAUACCUGGAUCUGUCAAGAUCGAACAUGAUUGUCUCGCAAAAGCACAACGACAAGGCUUCCAUGGCGUUGUCUUCCUUCAUACACGCACUGUACGAGCUUGACUCUUACGCCGUCGCGAGACUUGUGCCGAAAGACAUGAAGGACCCCAAGGUCAUCAUCUUGGCACCCAACAUCGAGCCGGACUUCGAAUGCCUGUAUGAUAUCGAGCUACCGUUCGCGGAAGACUUGAGGAGCUACAAAUUCCCACCGCUGGACCGUGUGGUCACUGUAAGCGGCAAAGUGCUGAAGGUUCAUCGCAACUUACCGGCCGAUGAGCUUCAAGACGCGAUGAGCGACUAUGUAGAUAGCAUGGACUUGUCAACGUUCGGCAAGGAUGACGAAGGUGAGGAUGCCGAGUAUGCACAGUUUGAUGAGACCUUCAGCCCGAUGCUGCAUCGCCUGAAUCAAGUCAUCAAGCAUCGUGCUGUGUAUCCUGAAGCACAGAUCCCGGGGCCUUACGACAUAUUGAUCAAGUAUUCGCAUCCCCCUGAAGAUUUGGUCGAGAAGGCCAGACCAGCACUAGACAGAGUGAUCAAGGCCGGUGAAGUGAAAAAGGUGCCGGCCAAGGCUCGUGGCAAGCGAUAUAGCAGGAAAGAGGCACCGAAACCACUCUCUGACCUUGAUGUGACUGCAUUGCUCGCGCAAGAUCCAAAUCGCAAGAACAAGCGAAUCGAUCCCAAAAACGCAGUGCCGGAGUUCAAGCAGAUUUUGGAAAACGCCGAGGACGAAGAGCAGCUGGCUGAUGCAUGCAAGCAGCUCAAGAAUAUCGUUUACGACUGGAUCAAGCAUUCGGUCGGCGACUCCAACUACGGGCGAGCUGUCGAGGCCAUACGCGUGAUGCGUGAAGGCAUGAUCGAACUCGAAUUCCCUGGGCCAUACAACGCCUUCCUCAAAGAGCUGAAGGAGAAGACGCUUGGGGACGAUCUUGGCGGAGAACGGAGGGAGAUGUGGUACCGGGUCAGAGUCAACAGGAUGAAGCCUAUCUUGAAGGGUGAAUGUGAGGCGAGCGAGGUCACGGAGGAAGAUGCCAAGCAGUGGAUGUCCAUGCAACUGGUUUGA